AAUCGCAUCCAAAUUAGUCACUUUUGCCGGCUGUUAUGGACCAUACUCGAGAGAUUCUGACCUUCCAAUUUGGAACCUACGCCAACUACGUGGGUGCGCACUUCUGGAACCAGCAGGAGGCCAACUUCAGGUACGAAGACGAAUCCGACCAGGUGGCCGAGGAACAGCUGCCGAACAAUGAUAUACUCUACCGCGAGGGACUAAAUGCCCUUAAUCGCACCACCUACACGCCCCGCCUGCUGUCCGUGGACUUGGCGGGAACACUGGGACACAUUCCGGUCACCGGCGAGCUCUACGGAAAUUUCGUACAGCGCGAUGGGGAAUUGCUGCCCCUGGGCACAGGCGAGGAACUGCAACGGGCUCGCCAGCAGGCGGAGGAGAGCGGCGUGUCCGCUUCGCAGCAUCUGGAUGUGCAGGAGCAGCCACAGGCCCCCAUCUCCGAGUAUCAACGCGAUCUGCUGAAGAAUUCCGUGGCUCCCGAAAAGAACUACAAGCUGGCGGAGACUGCGAACAGUUGGGCAGACUUUCUGUACGCUCGGUAUCAUCCGCGCACUCUGAACAUAUUGCCGGGAUUGGUGAGGGAUCCGACUGUCCAAGCGCUGGGCACUUAUUCCGCCGGAACAGAACUGUGGCAGGGAGCCGCCUUCAACGACGAGUUCUGCGAUCGCAUUCGCUUGUAUGUGGAGGAAUGCGAUGGACUGCAGGGCUUCCAUGUGCUUUUCGACAUUGACGAUGGCUUCGGCGGGCUGGCCGUGAAGUGUCUGGAGCACCUGAACGAUGAGUAUAGCCGAGCUAGCUUUGCGUUGCCGCUGCACCAUCCCAGAAUCACCAGUUAUCCUCAAGCGGAUUCCCGCCUGUCGCACAGCAUUCGGGUGGUAAACAGUGUCUUAAGCUAUAAUCAGCUCAGCGAGCAGGCUGCAAUGUUCACGCCACUGUCCACGCUGGAGACCAUCUGGCGGAACACAAACCUCAAGUCGCGCAGUUUGCCAGGAAUUCAAUGGCAGGCAGAUAAUCUCUACCAAACGUCGGCCUUGCUAGCUGCCUUUUUGGACACGGCCACCUUGGGCUACCGUCUUCGACAAACGCCGGAAUCCCUGCUACGGUUCUGCGAGCGAGUUUCUCCUUCGGGCCGGAAGAUGACCGCCGCAGGAAUGGCUCUUCCAUUUGGACUGCGGGAAGGUCAGGAUCUAAUAGAGUUUCUGGACCAAAGCGGAGACCAUGCGCUGCUAACGCAACUCACGCCGGGCUGCGAACCGGGCACUUCCUAUGUGAUGCAAUCGGUGACGGCUCGUGGCAUUCCCGCAGAGCGUUUGAAGCGCCCCAGGGAGCAGGCCGGAGAGCAACUGCGAAUGGCCGCCUAUGGCUGCGAUAGUGUAUCCCACAUGUUGCAGCUGUACUACCAGUGCAGCUAUCACGGCAGUGUCACGAAUGCAGCAGCUACUCCACUGCCUCUGAAGACGCAGCUGCCCUUUCCCUAUGAGAUGUUUUCGGUUGGCAUCUCUGGUAAUGGCUUACGCUUGCCGGGAGAAUCGGAACGUGAGCCGGGUACUCGUGUGGAUUCCGCACCCAUGCUGGCCGCUCUGCAGAACUCUACCAAAUUGGGCGAGCACCUGGACAAUUUGCACGCCCAGACACAUCGUGUGCAGCUCGCCAAGUUGCAAGCGCACUCAAAUUCCGGAUUGGAGCGUGAUGACUACGAAACGGCGUUGGAUCAGUUGCUCGAGUUUCGUGACCUUUACGCGGAUUCGCAGUAUCUGUAGGUUGUGGGAGUCCACUGCUCUGGAAGAACGAGAUUUUGUGAUAAGCCUUAGGAUAAUAUACACAAUAAACACUCAUAUUCAUUUGAAUAAUAAGGGAA